AGAAGGAGAAGGAGAAGAUGGAAUGGUGGUUGUGACUCCCAAAUCUCUCUUCAAAUCCUCCUCUCUUUGGUAGCCUCCUCCUCCUCCUCUGUUGGAGGGGCCAUCGCUCGCCAUUCUCCGGUGAGAAGAAGCUCACCGGAGACCCUCACCGUCUAUACCUUCGACUCAAUGGCGAGCCCCCGGGUUUUCACCCAAGACUUCCUUAUCAUCGCCGGCCUCGCCCUUAUCCAAAUCAUCAAUGCUGCUUACAUGGUUCUCUUGACCCCUAUCCUCAACCUCGGCAUCAAACCUUUGUUGCUCAUCAUCUUCGGAAAUCUCACCACCUCUUUUUUUGUUCUUCCUUUCGCCGUUGUCUUUGAAAGGGAAAAAUGGCCCACAAAAUUGACUCCCGCUUUAAUAAUACAAGUUCUAUGUAUUGCAUUCGGAGGAGUGACGACAUUUCAAGCUCUUUUGUUGCAAGGACUCAAGAAAACAUCUCCGGCAAUUGCUUCCGCAAUGCCAAACCUCGCCCCGGGAGUCAUAUUCAUCAUCGCAGCGUGCUUCGGGUUUGAGAAAGUGAGCAUGAAGUGCAAGUACAGCAUGACCAAAAUACUAGGAACAAUGGCUUGUUUAAGUGGUGCCAUUACAAUGAGCUUCUUGCAAAGCCCUUCAGCAUCAUCACUUCCAUCAAAUGAAAACAUAAAUCAAGAUUGGUUCAUAGGUUGCUCAUGUCUUUUGGCUGCAGUUCUUGUAGUGUCUUGCACCACAGUUUUGCAGGCAGCAGUGAUGAUCCAUAUCCAAGCACCUUUCACUCUGUGUGCAGUAACAUCUUCAUUGGGUGCAGUAAUCACUGCAUUUGUGCAGAUAAUAACUGGAGGAAAUCUAGACAUUGGUUCUCCAGACAUUAGCAUUUGGAUUCUUAUUGCUGUCAUACUUAUGGGAGGUAUGUUGACAGCAUCAUGUUUGGCAUUUCAAACAUGGUGUGUGAUGAAGAAAGGACCAGUUUUGGUGUCCAUGUUCAGUCCAAUUCAAACUGUUUGUUCUGCAGUGCUUGCUUCUUUGCUUUUGGGAAAAUUCAUCACUUGGGGAAGUGUGGGAGGAAUGAUGGUCAUGUUUAUGGGAUUGUACAUGGUCUUGUGGGCAAAGAAGAAAGAAGACAGUCUGAUUUAUGAAGCUGAUAAGGAAAAUGGAAGACAUGCAACUGAUGAUAUUGAAGAACCUCUCUUGUCAUGAAUUUUAUUAUCUUAGAAACUAAUUAGCUUAUAAUAAAUAAAAAUGGCUCUUGCUCAUGAAAUAUUUAUGUUUUUUUUUUCUUUGUGUGUGUGUGUGUGUAAUAUAUAUGUUCUUUGUUUGUUUUGUAGAUAUUUAUGUAUGAAUGACACUUAUAAUUAAGGAA